GCACCCAAGGCUGGGCCUCUGCAUCAGCUCCAGGCUCAUGUCCUCCUGCCCCAAGAUCUCUGCGAUGGAGCCGCACUUUCUCCUGGACCACGACGCGCUGCGGCAGGCUUGGGAUUCUGCAGACCCGGCUCCAGAGCGCCAUCCUCCGUGGACCCCGAUCUCCCCAGACCAGCUACCUCCUGUCCUCGUGCCGCUGGCACAGUCCUCAAGCCACCACGGCGAUGACCACCCGCCACUGCUCUCCAGUCCUUGUUGGCAGCUGCCCUCGGUCCUCCUGCGAUACCGAGCACUCUUAGCUGAGGCCCAGAGCUCCUCGGAAGAGAGCCCAGUGCAGCCCGGUGCUGGCCUCUUGCCAGGAUUCGUGCCGAUGCCAGGAGUACCCGCAGGAGCGCCUGAGCCCACAGAGCACACGUUCGGGCAGCUUCCCGUUGUCCUGCGGCCCAACGCCCAUGCUGGAGAGGGACCAGUGGACACGGAGGCCUGGGACCACGUGCAGCCUUCAGGGUGCAGCCCAGCUCCGGGCCCCACCGGGUGGCGCCUGCACCUGCUUUGCUCGGGCUGCCUGCAGUGCAUCCUUCGUGCUCUCUCCUCUUUGAGCCGCUGGGCUGCUGACUGCUGGGCGACAGUCCUGGACCUUUAGGAGCCCUGAGAGGGUGGCAGGAGGGCGCCGACUGUGGACAUGAGUCCUGAAUCAAAUGUCAACCUUUUUUAAUAUUAAAUAUUUUGUCCAGA